AUGGGGUGCCACACGGGCAAGGCAGCGCAGGUGGAGGUACGGGAGAUGGGGCAGCAUGGGGACGUGUGGGUGGAAAGCGAGGUGAGGCAUGGGAGGAAAGCGAGCAAAGGGGGAAGGGAGGUGGUAGCAGAAAGAGAAAAGAAGGUGAUAGCAGAGGGGGAGGGAAAGGGGGAUGAAGGAAGGGAGGAGGGAUGGGGGAAGGGAAAGGAGGAUGUGGGGAAGGGAUGGGGGAUGGGUAAAGGGAUAUUGGGAGACAAGGGAAGGGAAAAGGGGGUGUGGGGAAGGGAUGAGGGAUAG